AUGCUCCUUGGAAGCUGUCUGUCCCUGAGCCACAAAGCUGUGAGAAUUAAAGCAAUGUGUCAGUCACUAAGUGCCCUCUGUCUCUUAUAUGACCCCAGAGAAACAGAAAGGAGAGAUGUGUUUGAUUUGGAGUAUUUCAUCAUGACUGAGAAGCUCAUAACGCUCUUUCCCCCAAGCAACGCAAGUCACACUCAUGGGACUAAUCAGAGUGGGACUGUGGGAAAGAUAGAGCCAUCGUAUGGCGUCCUCAAGUUCAUGGAGAGCUUCUGCCUCAUCAGCGCUGCCUGUGGCAUGGUGGGAAACGGCAUGGUCCUAUGGUACCUUGGCUUCCGCAUCCAGAGAAACCACUUCACCGUCUACAUCCUGAACCUGGCCGCUGCCGACUUUGGCUAUCUCCUCUGCAUCGCCAUUGAGACGAUUCAGUACCUGAUGCAGUUCAACGUGGGCGUGCAGUUUGGGAUAUUCCUCUUCCUGGACCUUUUCAUGUAUGGGACCGGCUUGUACCUCCUGACAGCCAUCAGCAUUGAGAGGUGCCUGUCCGUCCUGUGUCCAGUCUGGUGCCGAAGCCACCGCCCAAAGCUCCUGUCCGGCACCAUCUCCGGCCUGCUCUGGGGUCUCUCCCUGCUGCUGAACUCGCUCGGGUACUUGUUAUGUACCAUCCGUCCCUCUGCCAGGAACUGCCAGGCCCUGCUCAUCACCAUUGGAGCCUUGGACUUCAUCUUCUGCACGCCCCUCAUGCUGCUCUUCAGCCUAACCCUCUUCCUGAGAGUCAAGUGCGGCUCCCAACACCUCCGAACAGGCAGGCUCUUCACCGUCAUCAUGCUCACCGUCCUCUUCUUCCUCAUUUUCGCUGUGCCUCUCAGCAUCCUGAUCCUCCUUGACUUCUUGGGCUACAAGUUUCUCUACUCCCCGGAGAUCGGCUUUGUGCUGUCCUGUGUGAACAGCAGUCUCAACCCUGUCAUUUACUUCCUUGUGGGCAGCUACAGGGAUCAGAGAAUCAAGUUCACCCUCAGGCUGGCAUUCCAGAGGGCCUUUGAAGAUUCAGCAGAUGACAAAAAUGAAGGUGAAACCCACAACACAAUAACUAUGUCCUCUUAA